AUGGCCACUUUAAGAGAGCUGUUUGGUCCAGGUGUUGAGAAGCUCAAAAUCGAUCAGCGCGUCUUCCUCACGCCUUCAAACAGAAAGCUCGACGUGAACAUCGUCCAAAGCAACUAUCACAUUGAAAUUACACCUUCCGACGUUGGUCAGUAUGAUAGACUGAUUAUACAGGAUAUCCUCAAAGAAAUUGCCCAAACACAGCAAGUUGACGCUAAUGCGAAACAAAGAUUCAAAGUCGUUAUCAUUAACGAAGCUGAUCAGCUUUCUAGAGAUGCUCAAGCUGCUUUGAGAAGAACUAUGGAGAAGUACAUGUCUAACCUUCGUAUCAUUCUCUGUGCUCAAACAACGAGCAAGAUUAUAGCUCCAAUUCGAUCUCGAUGCUUGUUGGUUAGAAUCCCCGCUCCCUUACCUCCACAGAUGUCAACCGUAUUGACCCAAGUAGCUAAAAAAGAGAAGUUCCAGCUGCCUGAGGAUGUCGCCAAACAGAUCGGCAAAGAAUCAACAGGUAAUCUUCGCAAAGCUUUGCUGGUUCUUGAAGCAAUGAGAAUGCAAUCUCCGUCGUUUGAUUCAAAUGUUCAAAUUGCCAAGCCUGAUUGGCAAUCUUAUACCAUCCAAGUCGCUAAGGAAAUUACAAGCGAUCCUUCUCCAGACGGUUUGCUCAAAGUAAGAGGAAAAAUUUAUGAGCUCAUCACACAUUGCAUACCACCUACUCUCAUUCUCAAAACACUUCUUGACGUCAUUCUUACAAUGGUCGACGAUUCCAUUCGUGCAGACCUUAUCUAUUGGGCAGCAUUUUAUGAGCAUCGAAUGAGGAAAGGCUCUAAGCAGAUUUUCCAUCUUGAGGCCUUUAUCGCCAAGGUUAUGAGUAUUCACAAGGCAUUUAUGUGUGGUUUUGAAGAUUUUGAAUGA